AAAAAUGGAACCCACCAGCAGUGUGAGGAGACCUGAAAGUGGCACAUGGCAGAGUGUGGCGAUGGAGACAGCAGCAAUGGGAGGCCGUACAGGGACCCAUGAGACACUCUGGACCUGGCAGCAGCAUGAGGAGGCGGUACAGGGGCCCAUGGCAGAUUACGGGCCUGGCAGCAGCAAUGGGAGGCCCGUAAUCUGCCAGCACCCUAUGACAAAAUGGAACCCACCAGCAGUGUGAGGAGACCUGAAAGUGCGCCAUGGAACUCUGGGCCUGGAAACGCUGAGGAGGCGGUAACGGGGGCCCUGGCAAUUACGGCCUGGGACAGCA